AUGGCUUUCACUUCAUUUCUUGGACGAGUCCUCUUUGCCUCUAUUUUCAUACUCUCCGCUUACCAAGAGUUUAAUGAAUUUGGGGUUGAUGGAGGACAGGCAGCGAAGUCACUGAAACCGAAGUUUGGUGUGUUUGCCAGUCAUGUGCAAUCUCAUGUUGGCGUAAAAUUACCAGAAAUUGAAAUCAAACAUUUGGUCAGUGCUGCUAUAUUUCUUAAGGGCAUUGGAGGCAUCCUUUUUAUCUUUGGCAGCUCUCUUGGAGCCUACCUGCUGAUUAUACAUCAGCUGAUUGCUAUUCCGAUCCUAUAUGAUUUUUACAAUUAUGACAGCGAAGAUAAAGAAUUUAAUCAACUUUUCAUCAAAUUCACACAGAAUAUGGCUCUCUAUGGAGCACUGCUAUUUUUCAUAGGGAUGAAGAACUCACUUCCCAGGAGACAGCAUAAGAAGAAGGCUCCUAAAACUAAAACUGGUUAG